AUGUAUUACUCUGAAACAUUAGGAAGAUUAAAGAGUCAGACAAAAGAGAGAUCUAAUGGUUACUGUGAUAAUGUGUACUUGUAUACUAAUAAUCUGAAUAUUAUAACUGGGAAUCAGCAAUUAGAAUAUGGAUCAUAUUAUUCUGAAAAUGGAGAUUAUUAUUCUUCACUUGGUAAAAAUUAUAAUAGUUGUGAAUAUAAAACAGAUACUGGGAAUAAUUUUGAUAAUUCAUGGACAAAUAUAAAUUCUUGUAAUCAAUAUUUAAAUAAUCCACCCAACUUUAAUAUGACGAAUAAUUUGAAUUUAAUGCAUAAUAGAGUUACAAAGAAUUUAGAAAUAGCAGGUUCUAGUAAUUUGAAUAAUAGAGAUGUACAUAGUACAUCCUUGGAUAUGUUUAAAAAUGAGAUAAAUAAUAUACCUAUAUUUAAUGAAGAUGAAUUACAAAUUUUAAGUAGAUGUUUACCACAUACUAGAAUAAAAAAGAUAAUGAAAUACGUUGGUUCAGUAAAACAUAUGAUUGGAAGUGAAGUACCAGCUUUAUUAGCUAUUGCUUGUGAACUUUUUGUACGUGACUUGACAAAUUGUUCAUGGAAGUAUACUCAAGGUGCAAAGCGUAGGACCUUACAAGCUCAAGAUAUAAAAUCUGGGUCAAAUAGUGAUAUAAGAUUUAGGAAAUUAUUUAAAAGUAAUCCAGCAUUAUCAUUAAAAUAUAAUGAUAACUAUUAUUGUAGUCCAUCUUCUACAAAGACAAAUAUAAUUUCAAAUACUCCAUGUUCUAUAUAUAAUAAUUACCAGCAACAAUCUAAUUCACCAUCUAUUACAAUUGAAAGUGGAUAUAGAUGUAUUGAUAAUACAAAACAUGAUAAAUAUUUUCAACAAAAUUGUAAUUAUUCUUAUGAAGUUGAUGGUAGAUAUUUAUCACGGUCAAUAUAUUCUAAUAGAGAUAGUUAUAACUCUGAUAAAUAUAUACAGAAAAAUAAUAUAAAUACAUCUAAUUUUGUAGAUCAAUCAAGAUCUAAUUUAAGCAUGUCUAUACAACAGCAUACUUAA